GUUGAUGAGUUAAUAUUUAUGCAAAGUUGAUGAAACGAAAGUUUGGAUUUUGUCCGUUACCUCAGUUGAAUGCAGACUUCAUUUAUAGUGGCUGAUUUUAAGUUAGAAAUCAUGUCCUCACAAGUUAACCGAAUCGUGGAUUAUUCAGCGAACAGUAGCACGAAUUCGGAUUUUUUUGGCCUUUGUCAUCAGAGUCCACAGCCCAAUGCACAUUCAACGCCAAAUAAGUAUCCCUUGUUACGAAGGGGCGACACCUUAACUAAAGCUCCAACACCGCUUGGCGUACGAAAUUUUUUACCGGACAUCGAAGAAAGCAAACCUGUGUCUUCAAAUCUUCAAACCAGAAAAAGUACACGAUUGUCUUCUGCACAGCCUCGUGCAAGCGUCAUUGUUACCUCCAAAUGCUUGUUGGAGGGAGGCAAAACCAUGGCAUCAAUAGCCACAAGCCCCAUGUGCUCGAAUUUCCGUCAGACACUUCGACCCAUGCCUCGUGUCCCGUAUCAAGAGCCGAAGACAUUCACCACUCCAGAAAUAGAGGCCGGACUCGGACUCAAAAAAAGGAACAACAAAAAGAUGCAAGACAGCGACAUUUUGCUGGAUGAGUCCAACUUAGAGAAAUGUAGGAAACCUUCUAAAAGACGUACUCAAGGGGGUCGACGACGAAAGACUCAGCGGAUGCAGUAUUCGGCUUACUCUGACUCAUCGCAUGAUAAUGAAAUCGUUCGCCCAAUUUGCCCCGUUUGCGUUCCACCCAAAACUUUCUCAUCUAUAGCUUCGCUAGUUCAUCAUUAUAAUUUCAUCCACAAGUAUCCUCAGAGAGAGUGUCCAUAUUGCAAGAGGAUUUUUGAGAACCAGUCAAGCAUUAUGAAACAUAUGAAGAACGGUAAAUGUGCAGACUAUUUUGAAUUUUCGCCUUCUAAGUCUUUGGAGUGGGACAGUGUCAUAUAAAUAAAUUGUGUGUAUUUUUUAUCGUGGUAUUAUUUCAGUGGAAAAUAAAGUUUGUAAUAUAUUUAAGAAGGAA